UGUGCGGAUUUCUAGCCUACUGACUUAUAUUAAAUCGCGAAAUAAAAAAUGAUAAAAUGGAAAACUUUAAGAAAUUCAAAUCUUGGACACGCCCACGCACUCACAAAUUUCUCUAAACAUCUGUCAGGGAAUUUACCAUGAUAGAUUCAAGGCAUUUUAUAGAGUGAAUGGACUGGCGUCGCCUGCUCUGUAGAUUUCUCAAGAAAAACAACAGCAAUAGGAAACUUCAUUUGAAAAAUUCAAUGGCUGAGCGAUAUUUUUCGAACACGAUGCCCGAUUUUGUUCAAGAAGAUGAAGAAGAAUCGGUAGCAGCUAAAGAUGGAGAUGACCAAGUGUUGAAUUUAUUGCGCUUGCCUUACGAUUUGGCCGCCAAAAAGUUUCUUCAAGCCGCUUCAACUCUCAAAGACGAGAUUGUGAGAGAAACGUGGACUAACUCUCAGGCUAUUGUAAGGGAUUUCAGCCUGUACACAGGCUCUCUUGGAACUGCAUAUUUGUGUCUCAAAGCUUAUGAGGCGACAGAAAACCCAGAUGACUUGUCUCUUUGCACACAGAUUAUUGAAUCCUGUGUUACAGCUGCUCGAGGCAUGAGGGAGUAUGUAACAUUUAUUUGUGGACAAGCUGGUGUAUAUGCAUUAGGAGCAGUUGCUGCCAAGUACAGUGGUGAUCAGCAGCUGCAAGAACAUUAUCUAAAUCUUUUCAAAAAGAUUCCUAAACAGCUUGACUCUUAUGACGUGCCUUACGAAUUAUUGUAUGGUAGAGCUGGGUUUUUGUGGGCAGUGGCUUUCUUGAAUAAAUAUUUUGAGGUUGAGACAAUUCCCUCCAGCAUCACGGAUCAUGUAGUUAAUGAUAUUUUAAAAGCAGGAAAAAGCCUAUCCCAUAAGGAUUGUCCUUUAAUGUAUGAAUGGCAUGGAAAAAAGUACUGGGGUGCAGCCCAUGGUCUGGCAGGGAUUAUGCAUGUCUUGAUGCAUUUUCAACUAAGUAAAGAUGCUGAGAAAGAUGUAAAAGAAACUCUCCACUACAUGAUUGAACAUCGAUUUCCUAGUGGUAAUUACCCAUCAAGUGAGGGGAGCACCACAGAUAGGCUAGUACAUUGGUGCCAUGGGGCUCCUGGUGUUGCUCUUACACUGUGCAAGGCUGCUCAGGUGUUUCCUGAAGAUGAAGAAUUCAAAGAAGCUGCACUAGAUGCUGGGGAAGUAGUAUGGAAUCGAGGAUUGCUACGAAGAGUUGGUAGCUGCCAUGGUAUUAGUGGUAAUGCGUAUGUGUUUCUAGCUCUAUAUCGUUUAACAGGAGAUAAAAAACAUCUUUAUCGAGCCAAGGCAUUCACGAGUUUCCUACUGGGUCGGUCUCAUGAGCUUAUUUCUGCUGGACAAAUGCAUGGAGGGGAUCAUCCCUACUCAUUGUUUGAAGGACUUGCUGGAACUGCACACUUGUGGUAUGACAUGAUUAGACCUUUGGCAGCUAAAUUUCCAGCAUACGAGCUCUAGAUCAAUGCAGUGUCAGGUUGUACAUAUCACCAUUAUGAUACCUAUUCAAUGGGUGUGUUAGGAAGACUUUUUUAGAUCUGUCUGGUGUCUAACAUUUUAUGUAGUUUCACAAGGAAACUUUUGACAGAUAUAUGAAAUCUUCAAACUGUAGGAAGCAUAGGAGUCGUGACCUUGAUCUUCAAACUGUAGGAAGCAUAUUGAUGUUCAAUAUGCUGCUGAUAAGAAAUACAGACAAUAAAAGAAAUCUUAUCUGGCUUGUAUUUCUAUAAGCCAACUUCUUAGUGCAUUUUUCUAUGUUUGUAAAUAAGAUGGUAAUGUGUUUGUUUGACCA